GCAAAUACCGGAAAUUUUGCAAAAUCUCAUUAACAUUUUCAGAAAAAAGGGCCAAUAACAAGCCCGUGUCACUGGCCUUGUACGAUCUUCGGGCGUGAUCAUAAGGUUUCUUCAUCAGGAUCUUGUCCCAGUCUUUAAGUUUUUAAGAUUUAAAUGUGAAAGGAUAAAAGAAACGAAAUAAAAUGCAUGUGUGAUUGUAAAAAAAUAGUGGAUUGCAUUAUUUACGUCAUGUAUGGGGACAAGGAGUCGAUGAUGAGGACACGCACUGUCCCUGUUUCACUGCUGUACGAUUUACCAUGCACAAUGCAUCAGAUACAUGCAUCAUGCAGGUACACACACGUUUGAUCAUGUGAGCCUGAUAUGGUCCCGUUUUAGGAUGGCUCGUAGAAACAGCCCCCUUUUCCUUGCUGGUCUGCCUUCGACAUCUCUAUCUUUCUCUCCCUUUCACGAAUCUGUUUUUUUUGUUUGUUUUUUUUUACUUAGAGGCUGUUGUUUAACUUUCAAAUAGCGCUCCAGGGCUUUUGAUAUUAAAACAGGUUGCUCCAGACAAAGAAAUUCCAGGUGUUUCCAAAAAAACUCGCGGGAAACCAGACAGAACGGAAGUCACGCUUUCAACAACCAUAUUAGGCAGGGCAUUGUUCCACAGGUUCCGCCGGCGACUCUGUGAUGUGAUUGGCUCUUGCCCAUAAGCCGUGCCUGUAUACAAACGAGGACACAGGAACAGAGAAGUCGAAAAUUUGCAGGGAAAAAUAAGGAAUAUUUGUUUAUACUGGAGCCUAUUUACCGCGUAGUAUGGAAGAGAAGGUGGAGAAAAAAAGCCCCAUCAAAAUACGUAAGGUGUUGAGGCCAAGUACGGAUGAGAAUUACUGGGAUUGCAGUGUUUGCACGUACAGAAAUGGCGCAGAAGCCUUUAAAUGUGCUAUGUGCGAUGUAAGAAAAGGAACCUCUACAAGGAAACCCAAACUUAAUUCUCAGUUAGUUGCUCAGCAAGUUGCCCAGCAGUUUGUUACGUCACCACCCCCCUUAAAAAAGGCAGUAGGAAAAAGACCUUUCAAAAAAAUGAGGCCGCGACUCAAAAAUGUUGACAGAAGCAGUGCACAGCAUAUGGCUGUCACCGUAGGAAAUAUAACUGUGAUAAUAACAGAUUAUAAACUUUUAAAACCAGAGAAUUCACCUUCUGUAACACCAGACAGGAAUUCACCCGGACCGCUGUCAGAAGACAAUACAGAUCCCGGGCCAUCUCUUGGCUCUGAAUAUACUAGUAAUGGAGUUAAUAAUCAGGAAGAUAGUUCAUGACAUAUAGUAUAUUAAUAUAAUUUGCUAAGAUAAUAGGACCAUUUUGCAAUUUUCCAGGUGUAGUUUUCAAGAUUAUGUACGGUCACAAGUAACUUUUUGAGGCAUGUCAUUUAGUAAGCUGGGAAAAUAUCAACCCAGCUGUAAGCUUGAUUAUCCUAGCUGAAAAAGACAUGUACUUUCUUUCUUCCUUAACCCUCCCAUUUGAAAGAGUGCCAAGUUCAAAGUUAGUAAAAUAUUAAAUUUCUUUUUGUAUUAUUUUGAAAAACAUUGUGCAGUAGAACUUCUUAACACCUUUCAUUUUGAUGGUUG